AUGGCGGAAGAAAAGAAUGAAACCGCGCCGUUCAUUAAGAAUGGCAACAACGUGGUCAUCACAAAGACCCCAGUCCCGCAGACUGCCCAGAAGACCGGCAAGGCUGGCCGGGGCAAGGCGUUCAGGCAGGUCCUGGCGUCUUUCAUCGCCAACAUUGGCACUAUGAACACGGGCAUGGCUUUUGGCUUCUCUGCCACUGCGCUGCCUCAACUCAAAAGCCCGGAUUCCAGUAUUCAUAUAUCUGAAGAUCAAGCCAGCUGGAUAGCUAGUCUUAGCGCGGCGGGCACUCCGAUAGGAUGCAUCCUCAGUGGCUACCUCAUGGACUCAAUUGGGAGAAGGCGGACCCUCAUCAUCACCGAAGUGCCUCUCAUCCUUGGAUGGAUCCUAAUAUCAGUGGCGCAGAACGUCCCAAUGAUCUAUAUAGGUAGGUUACUGAUCGGUUUUGGCUCUGGUAUGGUCGGUGCUCCCGCCAGGGUAUACACCUGCGAGGUAGCGCAGCCUCAUUUGCGAGGCAUGCUGGGGGCCCUUGCGUCCGUAGGGGUGUCUACGGGAGUACUGAUCCAGUACGUGAUUGGUAGCGUGACCUCUUGGAAUAUCCUGGCAGGGGCCAGUGCCAUUAUACCGAUUAUAUCUCUGCUGGGCAUGCUGUUAAUACCAGAGACCCCCAACUUCCUUCUCACUCAAGACAAGCGGGAGAGAGCCGAGAGCUCUUUGGUGAAGCUGAGGGGUUCGACCUGCAACCUCGAAGAGGAGAUCCAGAGGAUGAUCGCUUUCAAAGAGAAGAACCAUGUCGAGCCACUUAAAACACCUAAGGACAUCCUAAAAGCGCUGAUGGCACCGUCCGCUCUCAAGCCCUUCGCUAUCCUGGCUAUCUACUUCUUCAUAUACCAGUGGUGCGGAGUGAACACGAUCACGUUUUACGCCGUGGAAGUGUUCGAGGCAUCUGGCGCCACGCUCGAUAAAUACUGGCUGACGAUAUCCAUGGGCAUAAUACGGGUGAUCUUCACAGUGGUGGGUUGCAUUCUGUGCAGAAAGUGCGGAAGGAGGUUGCUGACAUUUGUAUCAGCCAUCGGAUGCGGUUCCACGAUGAUAGUCCUCUCGGUGUACAUGUACCACGUUCACUACUGGAAGGAGAACGGGCUGCAGCCCACCAACUGCUGGAUCCCGGUGGCCAGCAUCUACCUGUUCAUGAUCGCCUGCACCCUCGGCUACCUCAUCGUGCCCUGGGUCAUGAUCGGCGAAGUCUAUCCCACACAGGUGCGUGGUAUCGUCGGCGGCCUGACCACUUGCGCGGCCCACCUGUCCGUCUUCUCCGUGGUGAAAACCUUCCCCUUCCUAAAGGCGUCGCUGAACGACUACGGCGCCUUCGCUUUGUACGGCACCAUGUCGCUGGCCGGAAUAGUUUUCUUCUACAUAUUUUUACCGGAGACGAAAGGGAGAACUCUGCAGGAGAUAGAGGACUAUUUCUGCGGACGAACUAAAUCUCUGAAGAAGAACGACACUCAGACGGAACUGCCG